UGCUCCUCGCCCCCUCCUCGGGCUGGGCUGGGCUGCGGUGCCGGGCGGGAGCACGGCCCGGCCUCCCCGGCAGCCCGGAGCGCCCUCGGAGCCUUGGGGUGCUCGGGGCAGCCCCUUGUCCUUCCCCCUGGACAGCACCCGGCCGGGCAUCCGCGGUGACACACGCUCUGCUUGUGCCGGCUGCGAGGGCACUGGGGAGAAGAAGAAUGACUUAAUCACCCUCCAGCCCCCGUGGCCAAGGCAGGAGCAGGGCUAGGGCUGCCAGCAACAGAGCAUGGCUGUGCCUGGAGCCUUACGGAGGCAGCCUGCCAACAGAGGCCUCGUGUCCCACUGCACCCACCAUCACAUUGUUGUGUUCCUGCUGACCUUCUUCAGUUAUUCCCUGCUCCAUGCCUCCAGAAAGACAUUCAGUAAUGUCAAAGUCAGCAUUUCCAGCCAGUGGACUCCCUCACCUCGAAACAGCACGGCCCCUGAGCUCCAGCCAUGUGAGCUCUGGAACAGCAGCCAUUUAUUUCAAAAUUCAGAAGAAGCAACUCUAUUCCUGGGAACAUUGGACACCAUCUUUUUGUUUUCCUAUGCUGUGGGUCUCUUUGUCAGCGGCAUAGUUGGGGACCGCCUGAAUUUACGCUGGGUUUUGUCUUUUGGCAUGUGCUCCUCUGCUCUGGUGGUGUUCUCCUUUGGCACACUCACAGAAUGGUUGCAUUUCUACAACAAGUGGUUCUACUGCUGUCUCUGGGUUGUGAAUGGCUUGCUGCAGUCCACUGGCUGGCCCUGUGUGGUUGCUGUCAUGGGAAAUUGGUUUGGAAAAGCUGGGAGAGGUUUUGUCUUUGGACUCUGGAGUGCCUGUGCAUCUGUGGGAAAUAUCCUUGGGGCAUUCCUUGCCUCCUGUGUUCUCAAGUAUGGCUAUGAGUAUGCUUUCCUGGUGACGGCCUCGGUGCAGUUUGCGGGAGGAGUCGUUGUGUUCUUCGGGCUCCUGACGUCGCCCAAGGAAGUGGGCCUCCCUGAGCUUGGAGCAGAUGAAGAUGAAGCCAGUGUGGAAGAAGAUGCCCACAGACCCCUAAUGGGCAGUGAUGAUGUAGAUGAUGAUGACCAGAAUUACUCCAUUCAAGCAACUGACAAUGACAACCAGCCCAAGGCCAUUGGCUUCUUCCAGGCUUGCUGCCUUCCUGGUGUAGUACUGUACUCCUUGGCCUAUGCCUGCCUGAAGCUGGUGAAUUACUCUUUCUUCUUCUGGCUGCCCUUCUACCUCAGCAGCAACUUUGGAUGGAAAGAAGCAGAAGCUGACCAGCUCUCAAUCUGGUAUGAUGUGGGAGGAAUCAUAGGUGGCACCAUCCAGGGCUUGAUUUCUGAUGUGCUGCAGAAGAGAGCCCCUGUGCUGGCAGUGAGCCUGCUCUUUGCUGUGGCCUCUCUCUUUGGAUACAGCCGUUCCCCAAACAGCAAGCCUAUCAAUGCUGUGAUCAUGGCAAUUACAGGAUUUUUCAUCGGAGGCCCUUCUAACAUGAUCAGUUCUGCAAUUUCUGCUGACCUGGGGCGUCAGGAUCUGGUGAAAGGCAGCAGCGAGGCUCUGGCGACAGUCACAGGAAUUGUGGAUGGAACAGGCAGUAUUGGUGCUGCCGUGGGCCAGUAUCUAGUGUCUUUGAUCCAGGAGAACCUGGGAUGGAUGUGGGUUUUCUAUUUCUUCAUUCUAAUGACGAGUUCCACAGUCCUGUUCAUUUCACCCUUGAUAGUGAGGGAGAUCAGGCUGCUGCUGCACGAGCGGCGCCUGCGGAUGCUGGCAGAGUGAUUCUGCUCCCUCUGCCUGGACUGCUGUGUGCAACUGACACCUGGGACACUCACCAAAGCUCUGGGAGACUUGUUGGGUACAUCCUCCAGGUUUGGACUGGUUCAGAAGGACUCCACAAGACUUGAUUGACUUGCCUGUGGUGAGCUCAGUCGUGAAGCACCAAAUACCUGUCCUGAGACCACCUGUGUCGUGGAGCUGCUGACCUAAGCCAGACAAUCCAAGGGACUGAUGGAUUGUCCCAGCCUCCCAGACCCUUCCAGCAGUCACACCAGGGUCUUCUGUUGGGUGUCUCAUUCCUAUACCUUUUCUUAUUUAUUUCUGGAUUGCUGACCAAAGUCAGCUCUUUGAAACUGACGGUUUUCGGGAGGCUGUCUCGCAAUGAAUCUUGAUGCUCUUUUGUGCUGGUGAAAUCAUACAGUGCAGUUCAUGGAUAGUCCUAAAUUUCAGAUCACCUUAGCUUUUAGAAAGGGCAAAAAUAAUUAUUUGGGAUUUAUGCUGUCCAGUUGUUUAAAAACUGCUGUUGCUAAAUCUCUGCACAGAUGGACCUCUGCUAUCCCCAUCUAUUCAUUGUUACAUAUUCCAGUAGAGUCACAUGAAGAAGUUACCUCUGUUUUUGUUUUUAACAUUUUUAAUAAUGUUACUAAUCUCUGAGAAAUGAGAUUUCAUUUUUUAAACUAUUGAAGCAGACAAAGAGUGUGCAAUACUUUAUAUAAUCUCUGAAAUAAGCCUUAAUAGGUCCUUUGUGUCUAAAGGAUCCUUGGAUGGCUUCAGGGAUCAGUAAUGGGACACAAACAUUUUCACUACUUUGUUUAUUGCACCUGACCAAUACUGACCAAAAUGGGUGUGAGGUGACCUUCUGAAGGAAACUGGUGUCACUGACUUCAUACUCCUUGGGCAAUUGCUCAUCUCUAGCAAA